CGGGAUUGCCCGGACCCUUUGGUGCCAAAUGGUUGCCGAGUAAUGAUGACGACGAGACUGCAAAUGGUGGCUGCGACGACGCCUGACCCGCUGUCACUUGACAACGCAAGUCGCUUCGCCCACAGGCCUCGGUCGCCCAUACCUCGUAGUAUGACGGCCCCGUCACCACACAAGGCGGACCCUGAGACGUCCACUGCACCGUCGCUCGCCUCGCACCAUGAAGGCCGCUCGUUGCACGCGAGCCCAGCCUGGUGGGCCGAGCACGUCACCGCGGUGCGCGAGCUCGUGACCAUCAAGCCGCCUCAGCUGACGAUCGAAGAGAAGAGCUUUAUCGCGGGUGCGUUCGCUGGCAUCAUCUCACGCACGGCGACCGCACCCAUGGACCGCGUCAAAGUGGCGCUCCAGGCCGGCAACGCGCACGGCCACAUGUGCCAAGAGUCGAUUUCGUCCAUCUCGCGCCAGAUCUACGCGUCGGGCGGCUGGACAGCCUUCUUCCGCGGCAAUGGCGCCAACUCGAUCAAGGUGACGCCCGAGUCCGCAGUCAAGUUUUGGGCCUUCUCGUUCAUCUCGAGCCACUUUCCAAACCACGACCAGAACCGACCGCUCAACGGAAUGGAAAAGCUCAUUGCGGGCAGUGCGGCUGGUGCAACGGCGCAGCUGGCGAUCUACCCGCUCGAGAUGGCCAAGACGUACCUCUGCCUCGCCAAGCCCGGCGACUACAACGGUAUCGCCCACUGCCUCUCGAGCAUUGUGCAGAAGGACGGCGUCGCGGGCCUCUAUCGCGGCCUCACGCCGUCGCUGCUUGGGAUUGUACCGUACGCUGGCGUCGACCUCGCGCUCUUCUUCACGAUGAAGGAGGCGUACAUCAACAAGUACGACCACGCGCCAAGCGUCGGGCACGUGCUGCUCUUUGGCGCGGCUUCGAGCACGUGCGGUCAGAUCGUGUCGUACCCGCUUCAGGUCGUGCGCACAAAGCUCCAGGCGCAGGGGAUGAAGGGCCGGCACGUCGUGUACAGCGGCAUGCGCGAUUGCCUCGUCAAGAUCGUGCAGGCCCACGGCAUUUGGGGGCUGUACCGAGGUAUUUUGCCCAACUUUAUGAAGUCCGUGCCGGCGAUUAGCAUCAGCUAUGCGGUCUUCGAGUCGGUCAAGAACGCGCUCUAGAGAACGCUCGUUCGAGUGAUCAUGAAUAUAGUAAUAUUAGGUAGCUGCAUGCUCGAGUCUUCUCGCCUUGGUCGUCUCUCCCAGGAAGAG